AUGUCAUCGAUUCAAGGUCGGCCAACGCCACGGCCAAUCAAUCGACUCCUGGUCACCAAUCGGGGUGAAAUAGCAGUUCGAAUUGUCUCGGCAGCCCGCGAGCUGGACAUAGAGACUUUCACGCUGUACAGCUCCUUAGAUGAUGGACAUACUUUGAAUUCGAACCAUCGUAUUCAGCUUUCUUCGCCAUCAUCAUACUUAGAUAUAUCCGAGCUGGUACGCAUUGCCAAGGAACAACAAGUUGACGCCGUCCAUCCUGGGUAUGGGUUCCUGAGUGAAAGUGCGGAGUUUGCGCGACGAAUGUGGGAGGAAGCUGGCGUGCAAGUUGUAGGACCUGGGUGGGACAUUCUGGAGAAGACCGGAGACAAACUCGCUGCAAAACGGCUUGCAACAGGCAAUGGCGUACCAGUUCUCGAGGCCACAUACGGCCCUGUAGAUGCGGAUGGCGCCAGGUCAUUCAUGGAGAAGUUGGGAGGCAAGCCUGUUAUGCUGAAAGCUGUCGAUGGUGGCGGCGGUCGUGGAAUACGCAUAGUGCACAACCUUCAAGACCUCCCCAGGCUCGCAAGACUUGCUAUGGCUGAAUCGCCUUCUAAGCAGGUUUUCGUGGAGCGAGCGGCGGUGGAUGGCUUCAGGCACGUAGAGGUGCAGAUACUAGGCGACGGUACAGGUGCCGUGCGGCAUCUCUGGGAGCGCGAAUGCAGUGUUCAACGGCGUUAUCAGAAAAUUGUCGAGAUCGCCCCCAGUACCAUCACAGACCGGGCCCUCGUUGCGCGCAUUAUAGAUGCAGCCCUUCGCAUGGCACAGAGUGUACGGUACUUCUCGUUGGGCACGUUCGAGUUCCUUGCGAACCCAAUGACAGGGGAAUAUUUCUUCCUGGAAAUCAACCCACGGCUCCAGGUCGAGCACACAAUCACUGAAGCCAUCUCCAAUACGGAUAUCGUGCAGACACAACUUCGGAUUGCCCAAGGAACUCUUCUCGCCGACCCAAAGCUUGGGUUGUACGAGAAGACAUCAUCAGCAGAUACGCCUGUGCCAAAUAUUCAUGCUAUUCAACUUCGUCUUACUGCGGAAAAUGUGGAUUCAAGCUGGUCUCUCAGCGUCGGGAAGAUAUCUGGGUUUCACUUCCCGUCGGGCAAUGGAAUCCGUGUUGACACGUCCCUGGUUGGCGGGCAUCCAACGAUCAUCACCAGCGAUUUCGACUCUCUCAUAGCAAAGAUCAUCAUAUACUCGCCGAGCUGGGAUGGAGCCGUUAAGAAGGCACGGCGUGCUUUGGCUGAUACUCGCGUCUCGGGAGUGAAGACAAACCUUGACGUCCUUCGCGCUAUCACAGCUAGUUCAGCCUUUGCCAAAGGAGAGUGUGAUACAGGCUGGCUUGAGUCGGAGAUGUCAGCACUAGUGAAGAUGGGAAAAGAGAUCACCCGAUCACUCGAAAGCGCGAGCUUUCUCAAUACUGUAGUUUCUUCGGAAGAAGGGGGGCAAGCAACUCAGGGUCUGUCUUCAUCUGCAGUACUUUUCCGCAAAGGCGAUGGAUGGAAAAUCGACCUCACACCCAUCAAUUCAGAGCAAGCCGGCUCUGAACCUAUCACUAAUCACCUCAAGCUCGAUCGUGUCCUCCGGAACGAGUUUCCAUCCCUCCUCUCUGCAGAAAUUUCGUACAGCUCCCCAGCUGCGCCAUCUCCCCUAUCCUAUAAGCUCGAUCUCACAGCCACUCAAGCUUCAUCCUCUUCAAUCACUUCCGGUAGUCGUCACCGCAAGGGUAAUCCCUCAGAUCCUCGGCACGUGGUAAUCCCAUUCCCGGGCCGUCUGGUCGAGAUUCUCGUGGAUGAGGGAGAUGAAGUCCGUAAGGGUGAUGUAAUCGCCGUCGUCCAACAGAUGAAAAUGGAGCUUGACAUUCGUAGUCCUAGCAAUGGGAAGAUCAUAUGGGUCACCGAGGCAGAGGACGGGGAAGAUGUUGCUGAAGGGAUGCUGGUUGUCGAGCUGGAUGUGGAGUCCCCCAAGAAUGGGGAGAAAGCAGUGGAAAGAUCAAGGCUGUAG